CCACGCAGUCUCUUUCCCCGGCCACAAAACAACCGUGAGUGUCUAACUCACCGUUCUUUAACAACUUUAAAAAACCAAAAAAAUAUAAAAAAUAUAAAACAUAUAAAAUCUUAAAAAUAAAUAGGCCUACCGUAAUAUACGAAAUAAAACUAAAUCGCUAAAUUGUGUUAACAGGAGGCCCCGGGCUAAAUCCGACGUUUAGGACAAUUAUAUUUAUCAGGAGAAUACGCCGAAAUUCCAUUCUGUUUUUAGCUGUCACUUUUCCUUGGGAGCCAGUCUUGAAAUUUAGAUCGGAACACAAGUCACAUUCUGAGUGUUUUUUUUACUCACAAAUUACGCACAGAUUCUGCCCCGGAGAACAAUUCUUAAAAAACAAUUCCCGUGGUUAUAGCGUGAAAGAAGAAUUCAUACAUUUUGUGCAGUCCAAGAAAUGAACACAGCGACUACAGGGAGUUAUCCAAUGGCUUCUCUCUAUGUUGGCGAUCUGCACCCUGAUAUCACGGAGGCUAUGCUGUAUGAGAAAUUCAGCCCAGCAGGACCGGUGUUGUCUAUUCGAGUAUGUCGUGAUAUGAUCACCCGACGCUCUCUGGGUUAUGCCUAUGUGAAUUUCUCGCAACCCACGGACGCCGAGAGAGCCCUGGACACCAUGAACUUUGAUGUGGUGAAAGGGAAGCCAAUCAGAAUCAUGUGGUCACAGAGAGACCCCUCCCUCAGGAAGUCUGGGGUGGGCAACGUGUUCAUCAAGAACCUGGACAAGACCAUCGACAACAAGGCCCUCUAUGACACCUUCUCUGCCUUUGGGAACAUUCUGUCUUGCAAAGUUGUGUGUGAUGAGAAUGGAUCCAAAGGAUAUGCGUUUGUGCACUUUGAGACGCAGGACGCAGCCGACCGCGCCAUUGAAAAGAUGAACGGCAUGCUUCUGAACGACCGCAAGGUGUUCGUUGGACGUUUCAAGUCUCGGAAGGAGAGGGAGGCAGAACUUGGGGCCAAAGCAAAGGAGUUCACCAAUGUCUACAUCAAGAACUUUGGAGAUGACAUGAACGAUGACAAGCUAAAGGAAAUGUUUGACCAAUACGGUAGAAUUCUCAGCGUGAAGGUUAUGACCGACCCCAGUGGCAAAUCCCGAGGCUUUGGCUUUGUCAGUUACGAGAAACACGAGGACGCUAACAAGGCAUGUGAGGAGAUGAACGGCCAAGAGUUCAAUGGAAAAACAGUAUUUGUGGGACGCGCUCAGAAGAAGAUGGAACGGCAGGGGGAGCUGAAGAGGAAGUUUGAGAUGCUGAAACAGGAGAGGAUCAGCCGUUACCAGGGCGUUAACCUGUACAUUAAGAACUUGGACGACACCAUUGACGACGAGAAACUGCGCAAGGAAUUCACCCAAUUCGGGUCCAUCACCAGUGCCAAAGUCAUGCUGGAGGAGGGACGGUCCAAGGGCUUUGGCUUUGUCUGCUUCUCUUCUCCUGAGGAAGCCACCAAGGCUGUGACUGAGAUGAACGGGCGCAUCGUGGGCUCCAAGCCCCUCUACGUGGCCUUGGCUCAGCGCAAAGAAGAGCGCAAGGCCCACCUCACUAACCAGUACAUGCAGCGCAUCACUGGCAUGAGGGCCAUGCCUGCCAACGCCAUCAUCAACCAGUUCCAGCCCGCCAGCGGAUACUUCAUGCCUGCAGUGCCACAAGGCCAAAACAGGACCACCUACUAUGCACCCAAUCAGUUGACCCAGAUGAGGCCCAACCCCCGCUGGCAGCAGCAGGGUGGCAGAGGCCAAGGUGGGUUCCAGGGGUUGCCCAACUCUCUGCGCCAGCCUGGUCCACGUGCCAACCUGAGACACCUGGCUCCCAACACCAGUGCCCAGGGCCCACGAGGCAUGGGGCCUGCUGGAGCUCAGAGAGUUGGAGGUGUUGGCCAGGCCAUGGGUCCUCGUCCCUCCAUGGGAGUCCCUGCCCCUCGUGCCAUGCCACCCUACAAGUACGCCACCAGCAUACGCAACACUAACCCCCAGGGUGUGCAGCCCAUUGCCUUACAGCAGGCUCAGCCAGCUGUACAUGUGCAGGGUCAGGAGCCUCUCACAUCCUCCAUGCUAGCUUCUGCACCUCCUCAGGAGCAGAAGCAGAUGCUGGGGGAGCGCCUGUUCCCCCUGAUCCAGGCCAUGCACCCCAGCUUGGCAGGGAAGAUCACUGGGAUGUUGCUUGAGAUCGACAACUCUGAGCUGCUGCACAUGCUGGAGUCCCACGAAUCCCUGCGCUCCAAGGUGGAGGAGGCUGUUGCCGUGCUCCAGGCCCACCAGGCAAAGAAGGAUGCCACACAGAAAGUUGGAGUCAUCACUUCAACCGCUGCUGACGCUACUUCCUGAUGUGACACAAACAACUGAGAAAAAGAUGGGGAGAGAUCACUACAUUGGCUUCAAAUGCCUGGGUCAUCUCUAUAAAAUCCUAUGCAAAAAGAAAUAAAAACAAGGUUAAAAAAAGAUUUACAAAAAAAGAUAUACUCUUGAACGUUUAAAAGAAGAUUACAGUACUUCAUUUGUGUAGUUCUGUAAUAAUUUGAAACUUUACCAAAAGCAAAACUUCCAACUAAAUAAGGCCCUUUAUUUUGUGGCCAGGACAGACCCCUUUUCUCUGAGGAAAAUUAGCUUUGCUCUUAGUCUUUGUUUUAAUGUUUUGUUUUAUGAUUUGAACAAUUGGAUUCCUCCAUCCCAUCAUGUUAUCAUGGGUGGUGUGGUAUAUGGUAUUCUCAAUAAAGGGAUGAAUAUAUCAAAUUUA